CGAAUGCCUCCUCUUCAAGUUUAUUUCGACCAGAUGCCAUCAGAAUGGAUCCGGUGGCAGGAGCAACUCCAGUAAUUGGCAUCGAAGCCCUUCGCACCCUUGAUGACUGGCUCGAGACAGAAGACAUCGCCAAAGCAUGGUACGGUGCAGAUUGCAAUACCUUCUGCGAACUUUCCGUUUCCAGAAGCACAGGAGAAGAAAAACCCAGGUUGGCUAAAGUUUUUGCCAUUGACAAUGAGCGGUGGCCCGAUGUUAUCAGAAUUUCUCUCGAAAAGGCCCAGAAUUGGUGGAGAGCCCAUUCCAGUGGACAAUGUUGCUGGUUACCGGUCUACAGAUCACUUUCUCAGCAAAUGCCCGGUGCCUUCAUCAAGGGAGUAACAGACGGGAUAUCCUGUAUUGGGAUAGCAAAUUCGCUGCCGGCAGCUCGAAUGGACUUUUGGGGAUUGGUGGUUUUGGGCUACGCAAACGGCGGCAUUCCUCGAGUCGUACGAGACAGCGCCAUGGCAUCCUACAGGGCAACCUUCGACUGCAGGAAUUUCACCUUGGUCAUUUGGCAGAAUUCUCUAAACUCCACGGCUGUCGCCCACAUCAUACCGAAAAGGCAUACCUCGUUCGACCGGCAUAGUUUAGAUAGCAAGAAAUGGCAGUUGCUACUGAACACCGGCACUACAGUGAUCCAGCAUGAGGAUCCACUCACUCGGUGGAUUGAGCAGGAUGCUCCUAAGCCACCCUACGAGUUGCUCGGUAAAGAUUGGGACCAAAAUAUUCAAUGCACCAUCUUUGAUUAUCGGUUUAUUAAAUAUAUGAAGGAUAAACUGCGCCAAAGUAUUUACUAUGCUCAUGGUGCAUGGAGAGAUGUUCAAUCCCGAUAUCUGGAUGACCUCUUUAUUCAAAACCAAGCUUCACAAUUCAGCAAAAAUCUCCUCAAAUCCAAAGUGAUCUUGGAUCUGGAGACCUGGAAUUCUUUCUGUGAGGAAAUGGUUUCGAAGGAAGACGUUCUUCAUUAUUCUCAGAGGCAGUUACACCAACUCCAGGGUGAAGUUGAAAGAGGGAACAUCAAGCUGAAUAAUCUCCUUCAAUGGCACAAGAACAUUUUCGCCUUUCACAAGCUCCUAAUUAUGUCGCACCAAAUACCUGAAGAGCUGGAGACCCGAGGGAUGGGGAGAAUGGUACUUCUAGCCGGCUCUUCGCACGGAAUUUUAGAAUGAGACGAAUCGACAUAUAACUGCACAAGACCUUGAUUUCGCGUUACUACUUUCAUUUCGGCAUAUGUAUGUACAUUGUCCGUUAGC